AUGCAAGUCGACUCUGCUUACUCGCCCUCGCCGUUCUGCAACCCGUCAGAGAAUGAUAUUGCCGAUUUUCUGAACCUCGAUCUGUUCUCGCACGCCGGCCCGUCGGGAAGCUCGACCUCGCCACCGUCGUCCGGCUCGCGUGCUUCAUCCCGCUCCCCCGCCCCCUCGGACCCGCUCCACACGCCGCCCCAGCCGUUCAGCUCGGAGAACGACCCCUUUGGCCUCGUCCAGCCCGACUUUUUCUCUUUUUCCCAGCCAUUCGACUACACGAAGCAGGACCCGCUCGUGCCGCCCCCGACGACGAGCGCGCCCUUUGACUUCCUCGCCGCAUUCAACACCGUCGCACCCGCCCAGUUCGCCAUCGACCCCCAGCUCGUGCACACCCCCGCGGCAUCCCCCGAGGCCAGUUCGGGGUCAGGUGGUUCGGACAAGCACUCGUCGCCCGAGGAGAUGCAGCAUGACGGCGACGACGAGCGCUCGCACGCGGACGACUCUGCGACGUCCCCCGCUUCUCCCGCCGGCACCGAUGUCGCGCCGCUCAAAGCCGGCGGCAAGGGCAAGGCUCGCCGCGGUACCGUCCAGUCUGGCGGGAUCGUCAAGAAGCCCGCCGUGUCGGCCGUAGUGCGGUCCAAGGACCCGAUCGACGACGAUGACGAGGCCGACGACUGGCGUCCGAGCCCCGAGGAGUACAAGAAGAUGAGCUCAAAGGAGAAGCGCCAGCUUCGGAACAAGAUCUCCGCGCGCAAUUUCCGCGUGCGCCGCAAGGAGUACAUCACCACGCUCGAGGGCGACAUCGCAGAACGCGACCGCCUGAUUGACGCCAUCCGCACCGAACUCGGCAGCACCAAAUCGGAGAAUGCCGCGCUCAGACAGGAAAUAGACGCCCUCAAAAAGGCGCUCCUCACCACGCCCGACGCGCUUAUCCUGCCGCCGCCCGGCCCGCUCCCGUCCGCAUCACCGGCCCCGGCGGCCAACAAGCAGCUUCUCACGCCCAACAUGCACAAGGACGUCCCCGCCAGCCCGUCUGCCGGCGCCAACAAGGCCUUCUGGGCCGGCCACAACGGCAUGUUCGGGGGUGGCGUCACCUCGGUACACACGACUCUCAUCCCUGAGAGCUUCGCACGUCCUCUUGCCAACGCGAACCCGAAGGGUCGCUUGCAGGAGAACAUGAACCCCGCGCUGAAUGCGCCUUCGCCCGCUACCGCCAACAACGGUAUGGGCGCGGUAGGUGGACGCUUUGACGCGUUCGCGGACCAGAACCCGUUCACGAUGAAGAUGCUCGACGCGUAUCGCAUGCAGCUCUGGACCCGUAUGGCACAGCAGACGCGCCAACAGCAACAGAUGCAGCAACACAUGGCGAAUGUCGCGGCGCAGAACCAGAACAAGGAUUCGCCCGCUGUCAAUGGGCUCGCGGCGAACCUGCGCCCGGCCUUCUUCAGCUCGGCGCGCUCGCCCGCGCUGUCCAGUCUUCUCUCCGGCAAGCACGCCGCUUCCGCACCUUCACCGUCUUCUGCCGCCGCGGCGUACCCCAGCCCGCCGGCUUCUCCCCGCGCUUCGGAGCGCAAGACAGCCGCAGCCGGCCCUUCCGCAAGUCAACAAGAACAGGCCGUCCUCGCCGCCAUGGCUGGCCAGACGCUCAUGGGUCGCCUCGGCUCCGCGUUCUGGGACGCUUUUGCGGGCGGCGCCGGCGCCAACAAGAGCGUCGACUCGGACAAGGUCCGCCGCGUGCUCGAGGGCAGCGCCGUCGUGCGCGUCGUGGACGUCGACGAGCCCGCACCGCGCACCCCGCCUGCGGCAUCGCCCCGUAUGGCCACCGCGUCCAGCCCCAAGCCGCCCAGUAUGCCGCGGAUGGCGACGGGUCUCAGCUCGGGCGAGCGCGAGAACGCGUUCGACGCUCUCAGCGGGGCGUUCGGCGCGCUCAGCUUGGGCAAGAAGUAG